CCCUAUGUACCACUCUAUGUACCACGCCCUAAAACAUACUGCUGACAGCCUAACGCCCGCCUUCUGACAACACCUAGGUACUCGCAACAUUACGAAAAUCUCAGCAUCUGACGAUCGGGCGGGCCUAGCGACAUUCGUUAUCCCGAACGUGCACACCGCGGCCCCUGCGCGAGCCCUGUGGCCCAGGCGUUACGAAUCUAUUUUUGAGGCGCCUCGAAAAUAGACUCCUCUCGCCGGCGCUGGGUUAUCCCGAGCGUGCUUUUGAGUUGACUGAAAAGCGGCGCUGGUCAUCCUGAACGCUUUUGAGGCGCCUCAAAAGCACUGGAAAGCGGCGCUUGUCAUCCCGAACGUGCACUGCGCGAGCCCUGUGGCACAGGCGUUUCGAAUCGCGUCCCCAUGGACCUUAGCGGCGACGGCGGCGUGGUGAAGAAGGUUCUCCGCGCCGCUAAGCCCGACGCGCUGCAGCCGUCCGAUGCGUACCCGAUCGCAGAUGUGCACUACGAGGGGAGACUAACCAGUGGAGAGGUGUUUGACAGUUCCAGGGAGGAUAAUGCGGUGUUUACAUUUGAAGUGGGGAAGGGCAAGGUGAUCCGCGGAUGGGACAUCGGCGUCAAGAGCAUGAAGGUGGGUGAGCUAGCAGAGCUGACGUGCCAAUCAGACUACGCGUAUGGGGAUGCCGGCUCGCCUCCAGAGAUCCCUUCAGGUGCUACAUUGGUCUUUGAAGUGGAGCUGAUGGCAGUGCGACCGCCCAGAGGAUCCGUCGCCACUGCUGCUGCUGAGAAGGGCCGGCUAGAUGAGUUGAGAGCCGAGCGGGAAGCAGCCGCAGCAAGGAGAGAGGAGGAGAAGAAGAAGAGGGAAGAGGCUAAAGCCGCUGCAGCAACUAGGGCAGCUCAGCUAAGCGCCAAAGGCUCUGGGAAAGGAGGAGGGAAAGGUGGAAAGGGGAAGAAGAAAUGAUAUUACCACCUCCUGCUCAAUGAUCCGGGGAAUAUGAGCAAUUUUUUAGUGACAGAAAUUUUACAGAUGGUGAUUCGAUUUGAAGGAGUUUGUCUUAGAAUAGCAGAAUGAGUUAGAAAGAAUGGUACACGGUAGUUUUGACCUAGUGUGUUGUACUCUUUAAGGCAUGCCCCUAUCCAGGCUAUAAUAACAUAUACAAAUAUGU